AUGGAUGGGCUUGGAAGACUCGUGAAGUUUUUGGUCCACAAAAAGGUGUUUGAUGAAAUGCCUCAACCAGAAAAGAGAAAUGAAAAGGGAGAAAAGGCUUACUCAUUAAACUAUUGUUCUAAGUGGUGGUUAUAUGACACAAAUGCGACAUUGGCACCCAUGGUUAUGCUGCGGACGAACCCAAUAACGGAAUUGCAUAUGCACGCGUUGAAUCGAUCCAUUAAAGAAGGUGCAAUAUCUAAGGAAACCGGGAAAGUCGUUAUUGUGGAAAUUGUUCAACAUUCCACAAAAGAUGACUAUUUCAAUGACAUACGCUUUACAUACGAUCUGAUGAUGUAUUCACUCUUUUCUAACGGAAAGGAACGAACUGAAAGCGAAUGGAAGAAGCUACUAAUUGUAGGAGGCUUUUGUCGUUACAAUAUUAUCCAGAUUCCUGCACUUCUGUCAAUCAUCGAGGCGUUUCCACAGUAA